AUGAAUGAUUCUAUCGACGUGAACAUGACAGAGCUACUACAAAGUCUGACCUCUGACAACAGCACUACGCGUCAACUUCGUCUCGACUCUAGGUCGCUCAUCACAUCUGCCACAAUGUUUGCUGUUGGCGUCCUUGGAAACCUCGUAGCGAUUGUGGUUCUCUGUAUCUCGAAGAAGGAACAAAAGGAAACUACUUUUUAUACUUUGGUAUGUGGCAUGGCCAUCACGGACCUUUUGGGAACCUGUUUCACAAGUCCAGUUGUAAUCGCAACAUACGUUGCAGGCAGGUGGCCGGGCGGUGCACUAUUGUGCCAUUUCUUCUCCUUUUCCAUGUUGUUUUUCGGAUCCGCUGGAAUGUCUAUAUUGUGUGCCAUGUCGGUGGAGCGAUAUCUUGCCAUUAACCACGCUUACUUCUACUCACAGUAUGUGGACAGAACGAUGGCCCGUUUCGCUCUUAUGGCCACUUAUCUCGCGAACAUAGUGCUUUGCAUUAUGCCUAGCUUUGGUUUCGGCGAACACGUUAGACACUUCCCUGGAACUUGGUGUUUUUUAGAUUGGCGGGCGAGAAAUUCACUCGGAGCAUCUUAUUCGUUCUUAUACGGAGGAUUCAUGUUAAUGCUCAUUGCCGUGACUGUCCUGUGCAAUUUCGCUGUUUGCCGGUCACUUGUGGUGAUGAAUCAGAGGACACGCAUCGUACGAGCUGAGUUAUCCGGCCAAGCAGGGUCGAAACGCAGAUUCCCAAAGUUACCGUCAGUUGCGUCUGCGGCAGAGAUCCAAAUGUUCUGGCUGUUAAUUCUCAUGACCAUCGUGUUCCUUGUCUGUUCCAUCCCUUUGGUGGUGCGGAUCUUUGUGAAUCAACUGUAUGGUCCUGCCCACAUUUCUGCUGGGGGAAAGCCAGAUUAUCGGAGUGAUCUCCUUGCCAUCCGAUUCGCCUCUUUCAACCCAAUACUGGACCCAUGGGUUUACAUCUUGUGUAGAAAGAACCUGUUGACUAAAGGUUGUGACCGGUUCAAGCGCACAGCUGGACAGAGAAAGGGAAACCAUGCGCGCAAUUUGGGUUGGGUAGGUCGGCACUCACCUCCAUCAUUAGUGCACAGCAACGAAACCAGCUACGCAUCUUUACGCGCGGGAACUUACAAGAAUGACUUAGAAAAACGGGCAGCAAACAAAACAAAGUCUUUUGUGGACUUUACGCUUCGGCACGCAUGGGAAUUUGACACGGCGCUUGCAAAUUUCCAUCCAUUUAGCGUUGAGCAGGGCACAGUAAUCGGUUUUGACGGUGAGAUAGAAUCGCGCUCCGAAUUAACAAAAUCCAUGAGAUGCGUUGACCCGCUACCACCAAUUUGCGCUCAAGAUACCGUUCAAGAAAACAAAGUUGAGAUCGUCACGUGCACUUUUAGCACACCCAGUUCCUGCAUAUCCGAAAAGUGCCUUGGAUAA